CGGGAGCGGGCGCAGUGUGCGCGGGACGCGAGCCCCCGAGCGCGCAGAGGCGCCGCCGCUGAGAGCCCCCCGGCCCGCCGCGCCGACCCGCCCGCGGAGCCCCGGCCGCGCAGCCAGCAUGAAGCGAGCCCACCCGGACUACAGCUCCUCGGACAGCGAGCUGGACGAGACCGUCGAAGUGGAGAAGGAGAGCGCGGAUGAGAAUGGAAACUUGAGUUCGGCUCUAGGUUCCAUGUCCCCAACUACAUCUUCACAGAUCUUGGCCAGGAAAAGACGAAGAGGCAUCAUUGAGAAGCGCCGACGGGACCGGAUUAAUAACAGUUUGUCUGAGCUCAGGCGGCUGGUACCCAGUGCUUUUGAGAAGCAGGGAUCUGCUAAGCUAGAAAAAGCCGAAAUCCUGCAGAUGACCGUGGAUCACCUGAAAAUGCUGCACACGGCAGGAGGAAAAGGCUAUUUCGACGCGCACGCCCUUGCUAUGGACUAUCGGAGUUUGGGGUUCCGGGAGUGCCUGGCGGAGGUGGCCCGAUAUCUGAGCAUCAUUGAGGGACUGGAUGCCUCCGACCCGCUUCGAGUUCGGCUGGUCUCCCACCUUAACAACUACGCCUCCCAGCGGGAAGCGGCCAGCGGCGCCCACGCAGGCCUGGGACACCUCCCCUGGGGCAGCGCCUUCGGACACCACCCGCACGUCGCGCACCCCCUGCUGCUGCCCCAGAGCGGCCACGGGAACACUGGCACCAGCGCCUCGCCCACGGACCCGCACCACCAGGGCAGGUUGGCUGCGGCGCAUCCGGAGGCGCCCGCCUUGCGCGCGCCCCCUAGCGGCGGCCUCGGACCGGUGCUCCCCGUGGUCACCUCGGCCUCCAAGCUCUCGCCGCCCCUGCUGUCCUCGGUGGCUUCCCUGUCGGCCUUCCCCUUCUCCUUUGGCUCCUUUCACCUCCUGUCUCCCAAUGCACUGAGCCCUUCGGCACCCACGCAGGCCGCAAACCUUGGCAAGCCCUAUAGACCUUGGGGGACGGAGAUUGGAGCUUUUUAAAGACCCGACGCUGUAGGAUGGAGGGAGGGGAACACCUAAAGGCCCAGCUGAGCUGGGCUGUGGCCAACAUCACCUUAGAGUCCUCAGUAAAAGUAAAGAGGAGAAAAGGUACACGUUCAGAUCAAUUUUGUUGAAAGACUAAAGGUUUGUUGGUUUACUUUUUCUUUUUUAAUGUUUUUUUUUUUCUUUUUUAAAAUCAGGUCCCGUCUUAGCAGUUUUUAAAAGCUAGUUGUUAAAUUUUGUUCCAAACAUUACAUUGAAAUAGUGAGUAUAAACC